AUGGAAACGGACGAUGAUCCAGAUCCGGAGAUGCAGACCGGAACGCCGGGCCACCCAAUAAGCAUAUCAAGUGGAUCUCCAUUUCAGGGAUCACCUUACCAUGGGCCCGACUCGUUUCAAGAGAAAAUGGCCACUUAUGAUUGGUUCUUUACCCCAUCAUACCAUAGUUCUCCAGCUCAACCUCCCUUGGAUGAGCCCCAGCUUCAGGCAGUUUCACCUCCACCACUUCCUGUUGAGGAGCCACCUCAGCAGCCACCUCCCGAGCCUCCGAGUCAAUGGAGGAAUGCACGCAUGUCAGUGCAAGGAGGACCUCGUUUUAGUUCUCCUCGGGGUUCGAGUUCCUACCCUCCUAUUCCAGAGGACCCCCAAAUGGGUGGGCCAUCGAACGCGGCACCGGAGGUUGAUCCUCCGCCAGCUUCUUAUGCACCACCUCAGCCGCCUAUGGGUUUCGACAACCCUAUCCCGACUUACCCAGGUUCUUCUGGGUAUAAUCUUUUUGAAAACACAUCGGGAUAUCCAUCAGACUAUGGAAACCAGGAUCCCUACCUUACCGCUGCUCAAUACCAUCAUCUUUACCCUUCUUCUUACCCUCUAGUUUAUCCAACUGGAUACCCGGUACAGGAUUAUCAGUACCCGCCGUACCAGCAACGUCCUCCUCCUCAGCAGCUACAGCAGCAGCAGCAAACUCAGGAAAUCCUGGAAAGGUUGGAUAGGGUUGAGCAGAAAGCUAGGAAAAACAAGAAGCAUAAUAGCUUCAUGAAGGGCCUUGCAAACCUUAUCAAAGGGAAGAAGAAGAAGGGGAUUGUUUAA